CCCAGUUUAUACUUGUGUUCUAUUGCGUAAUCCUGGGAAUGAGGCAGGUUGUGCUUUGCUGAGUAUUUUUUAUCAAACUGAUACGACUGUCUCUGCCGCCCUUUAAAAACAUGGAACAGCAGACGGACGUGUCAGAAGAACGGCGUCCAGACUCCAGUCUCUGUUGACACCAUGUCCUCCUCCAGCGCUCUCCUCCUCCUCCUCUUGGUCCUGGGCUGUUCAGUUCUGGCUCAGGCCCAGCUGAAGGUCUUCAACAUCCGGGCCAGUGGUCUUCCCUCAGACCUGCUGGGGACCACCGACGGCUACGUCAAGCUGUUCUGUGGUUCUGGAAGUCUGGGUCAGACGUCUGUCCGUGAGGAUGAGGUCAACCCCUGGUGGGGGGAGGAGUUCUCCUACUUCAAGGCCCAGCAGAACGACGUCCUGAGGCUGGAGGUCUACGACAGCGACUUCCUGUUCGACGACCUGCUGGGGGUCUGCCAGAGACAGAUCAAAGUGGGAACCCACCAGCACGACUGCUACCUGAAGAAAGGAGGAACCCUGCACUACGCCUACACCCUGGGCUGAGAACCACACCUGCUGGGUCUGGGUCUGGGUCUGGGUCUG